UAAUAAUUGAACAAUUUUCUUCAUCUCCGCCGAAAACUCAGACCCGUCUUCUAUUACGGUUCUCUCACAAUAAGUGGACUUGUAUUCCCGUCAAAAACAUUUCUUCUUCUAGAUUUCAUCCUUGUCACUCUUUCCCUCUUAUCACAAUGGCUCUAUUCGGCUUCUUGAGCCGCUUUUUGCCACCAUUCUCGGGCUUCGUUUUGGCUUGUGUCCUCGCCGUAGUGCUUCAAAUCUUUAUCUUUUCGCCGAUAUCUCCCGACUUGCUCCAUUUACCGCAACCAUCGUCUUUAGCUUCUCUUCCCACAAACACCAACUUGCAGGGUGUGGGUAAAGUUGGAGAGGGUGUAGUGAAAGACCCAGAGGACGUAUUGGUAGACGAAAAUGGCGUGCUCCACACUGCGACUAGAGAUGGUUGGAUCAAGAGGUUGCACCGAGACGGGUCCUGGGAAAAUUGGACCAUGUUGAACAGUCAGACCCUUCUGGGGAUUACAGCGACCAGGAGAGGUGGUAUCAUUGUGUGUGAUGCUGAAAAGGGCUUGAUCUGGGUCGAUGAAGAUGGUCAUCCGAAGGUCCUCUUAUCGCAUGUUAAUGGAUCUGAAUUAAGAUUCGCAGACGACGUCAUUGAAGCAUUAGACGGGAGUCUAUAUUUCAGCGUAGCCAGCACCAAGUUCUCCCUCCACAAUUGGUACUUGGAUGUCCUCGAGGCGAAACCUCAUGGCCAGCUUCUCAAAUUCAACCCUUCAUCGUCACAAACUUCCAUUGUUCUUGAUGACUUGUGCUUCGCCAAUGGUGUUGCUCUCUCUAGGGAUGAAGAUUUUCUCAUUGUCUGUGAGACUUGGAAAUUUAGGUGUUUAAGGUAUUGGCUGAAGGGAGAUGAGGCAGGGAAAACAGAGAUUUUCAUUGACAAUCUUCCGGGCGGCCCUGACAACAUCAAUCUUGCCCCCGACGGAUCUUUUUGGAUUGCCCUAUUGCAGGUGACAUCUGAAGGGUGGGAAUUCGUGCACACCUCCAAGGCAGCCAAGCACUUGAUAGCAACGUACCCAAGUAUGAUCAAGAAAGUGAAUGGAGCGUACAGAAAAGCAAGCGUUUUGCAUGUGGGAGCUGAUGGCAAAAUAAUCGAGAAGCUUGACGAUCCUGACGGGAAAGUCAACUCCUUUGUUACCUCAGCAUUCGAGUUUGAGGGACAUCUUUACCUGGGAAGUCUCAACGCCAACUUCAUUGGAAAAUUGCCCCUCAUCUGAUGAUCUUACCUAAUGUAACGUUCACUUCAAUUGGCAUCUCAUGCAAUACCAGUUCGCCAAUCUCGGUAGAGGCGAGUAUUUCACAAGGAGGCAGCUGAGCUUACAUGUAUCAUGGCAUCAUUUGCUUCACGGUUCUGAAUUAUAGAACUUCGAUGCUUCCAGGAGGCAGAUUCAAGAAAUUGUAGAAUAGACUGUAUUUCUCUGAUGGUUAAGCAUUUAGCAAACUAUUUUUAGAAAAA